UCGCAGGAAUACCUCUAGAAGAAACGCGGAAUUCGACUCUGAAACAAACACAGACUCUGUCUCUGAGUCGUGUAGAAGUAGAAGGUCCGUGCGCGGACCCUCACUACCCUGUGUGGGCAAGCUCUUUUUGCAGAAACGAUAGGACUAUGGCUAAUGUAUGCGAGGCUCAAAAUUUUCCAAACUCUUAUAUAAUUGUUGAUUACCACUGUCCGCCAGGCAAAACUUGUGUUGAUUUUGUUCGCCUCGGGAAAGGGAGUCCACUCGCAGUGUGUAUUGGCAAUGACAACAUACGGAGGUGGAAUAAUGGCGGUGAUCGUGGCUUAGUCUGCGAUGAGGACGGUAGUAGUUUUAGAAUCAAUGCAGAUGUAAUGGUAAUUGGAAUGACAACAUAUGAUGCCAACUCGAAUCCAACAGCAGUAGAUACGAUGUCUGGGUCUGUUGGUGGUCUUACACUUGGUAGAACCAUUCAUGAAAGUCAUUUCAGUGCGAUAUACAAGAAUUAUCGGGCCGGUCAAAAAAUCAAAAUGUGUUUCGAUGCAGGCUCUCGGUUCGUAACUGCUGUAGCUGCGGCUUUGGUUUCUGGCUCUGGCAAUAACGACGAAUUUACAAUACUCAGCUUAGAAUAA